AUGAAGUUCUCCGUCCUCUCGUCUCUCCUGGCCGCGGCCGUCUCGGUCGAGGGCCACGCCAUCUUCCAAAAGGUGUCGGUCAACGGCGCCGACCAGGGCUCGCUGACCGCGCUGCGGGCCCCCAACAACAACAACCCCGUGCAGGACGUCACCAGCUCCGACAUGAUCUGCGGCCAGUCCGGCUCGACCUCCCAGACCGUGCUCGAGGUCAAGGCCGGCGACAAGAUCGGCGCCUGGUACCAGCACGUCAUCGGCGGCGAGCAGUUCCCCGGCGACGAGGACAACCCGAUCGCUAAGUCCCACAAGGGCCCCGUCAUGGCUUACCUGGCUAAGGUGGACAAUGCCGCCAGCUCGGACAAGGCUGGUCUUAAGUGGUUCAAGAUCUGGGAAGACACCUUCGACACCGGCAGCCGCACCUGGGGCGUCGACAACCUUCUCGCCAACAACGGCUGGGUCUACUUCAACCUCCCCUCCUGCGUCGCCGACGGCCAGUACCUGCUCCGCGUCGAGGUCCUCGCCCUGCACUCCGCCAGCAAGCCCGGUCAGGCCCAGUUCUACCAGUCCUGCGCCCAGAUCAACCUCUCCGGUGGCGGCUCGACCAGCCCCUCCCAGACUGUCAGCUUCCCGGGAGCUUACUCUGCUGAUGAGCCUGCUAUUCUUACUAGCAUUUAUGGCUCGACUGGUGCCCCUGAUAAUGAUGGCAAGCCGUACACUGCUCCGGGCCCGUCGCCUAUUUCUUGCUAA